CCACCCUUUGCCGGAAGCCUCCAAUUGCACGACCUGGUCGGCUGAUCGCAAAACCGAAUAGGUCCCCCUCUCCCAAGAGCCAAGACGUUCCUCUGCCGCCCCCGUCGGUCCAGCACCAUCGGGCUGUCCUCUCCGUCCCUUCUGAAUGGCGGAAAAAUCUCAUGGACAAUUCACCGUCCGUCUUGGUACUCGUUGAGGCUCGGUUUUCUGGGGUUUAGAGGCACAGAUGAGCGGACGAACGAGCUACACUAGACAAGAUAGGAUUGCAGCAGGGGUUCUUUGGGUUCUGGACGGGCUGGGAGACGCACAGGAUCGAUUGCGACCAUGGCUCUCUGAACAGUUACUCCUCACCAGCACCUCCAAUCCCCUUUUCCCCAGGUUACUCUUUGCUACAUGUGAGAUGGCAAAUUGCUGACUAUUCUGACAGUGAGGGGUCCCCGGGUUUCCACCCAUCUGGGGAAAAAGACGAGGGUCCUGAUCAGCAAAAGAGGGAAAACACCAUUAGAGAUUUCCGAUAUAUCAGGGCCGGCUGCCCACACCCUCGAAUCUUCGCUUUCUUCUCUUCGUCGCUUCGUCUCCUCAUCCAGUCCUCAACCCAUCACCCACCCCUCAUCACAUCUUGAGCUGACUCACCUUGGCUCGAGAUCCAACCAUCACAGGGUGUCGUGUCACAUCGGCCACCAGUCAUUCAACUGCGAUAGCAACACCAACCGCCCAACAUGACGGCGAUGCAAAAGAUUCUCAAGAAGAUCGUCCACAAUGAGUCCAUGGAGACGGACCCCGCAGAAAUUUACGGCUGGAGAGUCUUCGCGCUCGCCGCCUCCGCCUGCUUCGGCGCCAUGUCAUUCGGUUGGGAUAGCUCCGUUAUUGGUGGUGUCGUUGUAAUGGAGCCCUUUAAGAACGACUACGGACUCAAGGAUGCCAAGCCCGUGGAAACUGCCAACUUGACCGGUAACAUUGUGUCUACUCUCCAAGCCGGAUGCUUGGUCGGUGCUCUUCUCGCCUCCCCCAUGACAGACAGAUUCGGUCGCAAGUGGUGUCUCGUUACUGUCGCUGCCAUCAUCCUCGUCGGCGUUGUCCUCCAGGCUGUCUCUUCCGGUAGAAUCGCUGCCAUCUUCGUCGGUCGCUUCAUCGCAGGUCUCGGUGUCGGCGGUGCCUCUGCCAUCAACCCUCUCUACGUCUCCGAAAACGCGCCUCGUGCCAUUCGCGGUCUCCUCACUGGCAUGUACCAACUAUUCAUCGUGACAGGAGGCAUGAUUGCCUUCUGGAUCAACUACGGCGCCGAGGUCAACCUGACGGGAAAGACCAUGUACAUCUUUCCUCUCGCCAUCCAGGGUCUGCCCAGUCUGAUGCUUCUCAUCUGCAUGCUCUUCUGCAACGAAUCUCCCAGAUGGCUGGCUCGCCAGGACAAGUGGGAAGAGGCCAAGAAGAUUCUCUCCACUCUUCGUAACUUGCCCGAGAACCACCCCUACCUUGAAGACGAGUUCCAGGAGAUUGUUGACCAGCUCCAACAAGAAAGACAGCUCAUUGGCAACGCCACCUUCAAGAACCUGCAAAAGGAGAUGUGGACCAUCAAGGGCAACCGCAACCAUGCUCUCAUCUCCAUCUUCCUCAUGAUCUGCCAGCAAAUGACGGGAACCAACGCAAUCAACACCUACGCCCCUACGAUCUUCAAGAACCUCGGUGUCAGCGGUCGGUCCACGCCUCUCCUGUCAACCGGUGUCUACGGAAUCGUCAAGGUUCUUGCCUGCAUCUGCUUCUUGCUCUUCAUGGCCGACUCUCUUGGCCGUCGUCGCUCGCUUCUCUGGACUUCAAUCGCCCAAGGCUGCUGCAUGUUCUACAUCGGCCUUUACGUCCGCAUCUCCCCGCCCAUUGCCGGAGAGCCUGUACCUGGUGCUGGUUACAUGGCUCUGGUCGCCAUCUUCCUGUUCGCCGCAUUCUUCCAGUUUGGUUGGGGUCCGGCCUGCUGGAUUUACGCCUCUGAGAUCCCGGCAGCUCGCCUUCGCUCCCAGAAUGUCGCUCUUGCUGCUGCUACCCAGUGGCUCUUCAACCUCAUUGUCGCCCGUACUGUCCCGAACAUGCUGGCUACUGUCGGUGCUCACGGCUACGGAACCUAUCUCAUCUUUGGAAGCUUCUGCUUCUCCAUGUUCUUCUUCGUCUGGUUCUUCGUCCCCGAGACCAAGGGUAUCUCCCUGGAGCAUAUGGAUGCUCUGUUCGGUGUCACCGAUUAUGACUCUGACAAGAAGUUGAACCACGACAACUUGAGCGAGACCAAGGGCUCUCCCGCCGAGAUUCAGGUUGAGUCUACCAACCCCGCCCACGCCCACGUCCGCAAGGAGUCAGCCUAGGCGGAUUAUGUUCGGAAGGAGACAUGAUGCUAGGAUUUGUGAGGAGACGCUAUAAUGUCAAAUGACGGAAAGCUGUAAGCGGGUUUGAUCUUAGAUGAGAUUUAGAACGGGGUUGGAAUGCGUAGUGGGAAGUAGCCCCUAAGCACCUAGUUGCGCC